UCUUAUUGGAUCAAAUUAAAUACUUAUUAGCUUCUAUGAAUAUCUUUCGGUGCACAGAGGGCUUACGAAAACAUGACAGUUUCACCUUGAUCGAUGGAAUCGUCCAUAUGCCGAGUUUGCCUGGUCAGCUGCGAAAAUAUGGCCAGUGUUUUCGAUGCGUCUCAUGAACCGGACCUAUCCAUUGCGUACAUAAUAUCCAAGUGCACCGGCUGCCAAGUUGAGAAGGACGAUCCACUGCCCAACACCAUAUGCCAGUCCUGUCUGGAGGAUGCGCAGAACGCAUUCGACAUCAUAGAAACGUACGAGAGAAGUCACCAGUUCUACCGCUUCUUCAAGGAUGUUCGGGAGGAGGAGAGUGAAAAUAAGGGAUCCGGAUGCUCAGAAGAAGUGAAGUCAGCUGAAAUGGAUCUCCAGGAUGGUGCCGACGACGCCGAUUCCGGCAAUGAACCUGAUACUAACGAACGUGAUAUCAAGGCCAAGGAGAAACCAGGCUUUAGCUGUUCUUACUGCUCGAAAUCUUUUCAAAUAAAAUCGAGUCUGAAAGUACACUUGCGAACGCACACAGGAGAACGUCCUUUCACGUGCUCCUUCUGCCCCAAGUCCUUUGGCUACAACUCUGUUCUUCAGAAUCACAUGCGAACCCACACAGGAGAACGACCCUUCCAGUGCUCGCAUUGUCCAAGGUCCUUUUCAGUUGCCCACAACCUCAAGGCCCACAUACGGAUGCACGAAAGAAGAGAAUCCUUGAAGUGCCCAUACUGCCAAAAGUGCUUUCUAAGUUCUUUAAUUCUCAAGCAGCACUUGGCCACGCACACUGAUAAAACGCAGUUCCAGUGUUACCAGUGCUCGAAGUCCUUUCAAGACGAACGGCAACUCCGUGUGCACAUGCGAGUGCACCAAGAACGCCCCUUUAGGUGUUCCCAUUGCUUAAAGGACUUUGCGCAACAUGCGUAUCUCAAGGCACACCUGUCAAGGAACGCAACAUGCUCUCAAGGCUCAAAAACGUCUGCUCACAAAACACUAGUCCCCUCAAAGGCACUUAAGUGUGGUGAGUGCCCAAAAACUUUCACUGACCAUUCGGCUCUUUUCGCUCACUUGAAAACGCACACCAAAAAUAAGCCGCUGAAGUGUUCCCAUUGCUCAAAGUUCUUUGCAAAUCUUCAGGAUCUAAGCCGGCACAUAGUAACGCACACAGAAAACGGGCCGUUUAAGUGUUCCAGCAGCCCAAGGACCUUUUCGCGGAAAUCAGCACUGCAAACACACUUACGAACCCACACAGGAAAACGCCCAUUGCAGUGUUCCCACUGCCCAAAAUCGUUUGCACGACGCUUAGGCUUUUGGGAACACAUGCUGUAGCAUGUAAAAGAAAGAAGCGUAUGAGAAGUCUAAAAGAUUUCGAUUUCUAACUUUAAACAACAGAGAUGCAGAGCGAGCAUUAAAUUUUUGAAUGGUCGCAGGCUUUCGAUUUAAACACUUCCUGGGUCGCCUUAUUUCAGCGUACACGGAGUAAUAAAUGUUCCCAGUACUUUAUAAGGUUUUAC